ACUAUGGGUGGAUGAGUAGCGUCGCGCCCAGACGCUUCCUGGUUGUGUAGCAGUAACUGUAAUUGUACUUCCCGCCGUGUCUCUCCUUUCCUCUUCUGGAUCGCCCGGAGGCUUCUGUAAGCCCACAUCCUCUCAAAUCGUGACCUAGAGGAAUCCUUCAGGAUGAAGCUGAGUCUUACCAAGGUAGUUAAUGGCUGUCGCCUAGGAAAAAUAAAAAACCUAAGCAAAACAGGGGACCACACCAUGGACAUUCCAGGCUGCCUUCUAUAUACCAAGACUGGCUCUGCACCACACCUAACUCAUCACACACUGCAUUGUAUCCACGGGGUUCCUGCCAUGGCUCAGCUUACACUGUCAUCACUGGCAGAACAUUAUGAAGUCUUGGCAGAAUAUAAGGAAGGAGUUGGAAAGUUUAUAGGCAUGCCAGAAUCACUCUUGUACUGCUCUCUGCAUGAUCCAGUCAGCCCCUGCCCAGCUGGUUAUGUAACAAACAAGUCUGUGUCUGUGUGGGGUGUUGGAGGACGAGUGGAAAUGACUGUUUCCAAGUUUAUGGCAAUUCAGCAGGCCCUUCAGCCAGACUGGUUUCAGUGCCUCUCAGAUGGCGAAGCAUCUUGUGCAGAAACAAAUUCCCUAAAAAGAGCCAGAAAGUCUGUUGACCGAUCGCUUCUAUUCCUGGAUAAUUGUCUGCGGCUACAGGAAGAGUCAGAGGUCCUUAAGAAAAGUGUGAUCAUUGGAGUGAUUGAAGGUGGAGACGUGAUGGAGGAGAGGCUGAGGUCAGCACGAGAGACAGCCAAGCGGCCUGUAGGUGGCUUCCUUCUGGAUGGCUUUCAUGGGAAUCCAACAACUCUGGAGACCAGACUGCACUUGCUGUCAUCAGUCACUGCAGAGCUGCCGGAAGACAAACCGAGGCUCAUCUGUGGUGUUAGCCGGCCAGAUGAGGUGCUUGAGUGUAUUGAAAGAGGAGUGGACUUAUUUGAGAGUUUUUUCCCUUAUCAAGUGACAGAGCGGGGAUGUGCCCUGACUUUCAGUUUUGAUUACCAGCCGAAUCCUGAGGAGACAUUAUUACAACAAAAUGGGACACAGGAAGAAAUAAAAUAUGCGGAUCAAGCAAAGAAAAUUAAAACAACUGGUUGCAACCAAGAAAAGACAUCAUUUGAAAUUAAUUUGAAGGAAAAAAAGUACCAGGAGGACUUUGACCCACUAGUGAGAGGGUGUUCCUGUUACUGCUGUAAGAAUCACACUCGUGCGUACAUCCACCAUUUGCUGGUGACCAAUGAACUCUUGGCUGGGGUCCUGCUUAUGAUACACAACUUUGAACAUUACUUUGGAUUUUUCCACUCUAUCCGGGAAGCACUGAAAAGUGACAGACUGGCAAAGCUGAAAGAACUCAUCUGCAGGCAAGCAUCUUGAGACCUGGCAUACUCAAGUCUAACUCUUCACAUUGAGCCAGUACCACUGUUGUAUUGUGGAAAGAAGAGAACAAGAAAUGAACUAGGCUUUCAUCAUUUAUACUUGAGAAUAAGGUCUGCUCAAAUAAGGAAUAUCUGUACCAAACUCUGCCCGCGUAAGGCUGAAGAGAUUUUUUCCUAAAGACUUAAAUGCUUGGAUUGGUCAGAAAUAGUUGAACCAUGACCUUUAAUAUUUCUAUGUUAACUCUUUUAGUCAGUAGAGAUUUGUUUAGUCAAAGAACAAACAUGUAGAUGGAAAGAAACAGCCUUGGAAUGGCGGUGAUGAGAUUCCGGUGAUUCACCGAGUUGGAUUGGAACUUGAAGGGAGAUGAUUAAUCAUGAGUAACAUGACCUUGUGGACACAUGCCUAUUGACUGGAGAAGGAGUCUGGCUGAUUCAAGAGUUUUAUUUUAAUCCUCAUAUUGUCAGGGGUCUCUUUUGGACACUUUUGCCUUCCAAGCUGCCCCAGCAGUGUAAUCUUGAUCUGAAAUGGCUCUUGCCACUUAACCAGGCUUGCAUCUCCGUGGAACAUGGCACUCGCACAUUGCUCUUGUGACCAAAUGGCCCAGGGCACACUCCUUCAUUUGUUUACAUUGUCUAUUUGUGACUUGUUUCCCUAGAGCUAACUGGAAGUUUACCCAACUACAUCUGAUUAUACAGGUCCCCUAUGGUCUGCCCUUUAGGUUCAUUAAUAGUCUGACCACAUGAUAACUAUAGCCCCAUCACUUGGGGAGAUUCCUUCACCAUGUGUUUAUUUGGACAGAGCCCUGCACUGGCAGUCAGAGGACUGGGUUCAGUGCCACUCACCUCUCCGUGCCUGUUUCCUCCUGACCCAGUGGGGACAGGCAUAGUGAACAGGACUAAAUGAAAUUCUAAGAUUUCAUCUAACUCUAAAUAUUUGGGGAACAGAAAACUUUAAAUUAAAGUCAUAGUUGUUCUUAUUUAUUGAUGACUACUGGCGUGAUGAAAAAUGGAGCAAUGCCAGGAGUCAAGCAGCAGGAGAGAUAUUUCAGAGUCUAAAAAGAGGUUUGGCCUGUGGUUUUUGAAGUGGUGAAUGGGCAUUACCAGAUCCUGAGGCUGGGAAUACCUUAGAUCGUCUCUGAUUCUGAGUUGUUUUCUGCUCUCACCAAAGGAGUGACAUUUCAUGUUGAUGAUGUGACAGGUGAUUUUUGUGUGUGUGCUUUUCUAUGUUAAGUUUUGUAUAAGAAUAUACAUAAAAACAUGUACACACAUAAUUUUUGUAAAAACAACAACAGAACCAAAAAGAUGUCUUUGUUUUGUUUAUAAGAGUAUGAAAUAUAUUUGUUUUAUAUUCUUGUCCUAUAUUUUGCUGUUUGUCCAUUUUAGUGGGCAAUUACUGAACAUCGUUUUAAAUUAUGCGCUUACUGUAUAUUAAUGUAUUGGAUGCCCAUCUAAAUGGUUUUCUUUUAUUAGUGGUAUAGGAAUGUCCAUGAAUUCAAUUUUGGAAUUCAUGGACAUUUCUGUAACCUCUCUCCUCCAUGAAUGGCAGAGGCACUUAAUGAAAGACAGAAUCUCUGUUCUCAAGGAUCUGAUUAAUUUGAAAUACAUUGGAUAUGACUUGUUCAUAUGUUUAUUUUCCUGUUCAGUGCCAAAUCCAUUGUUGGAGGAGUAUUAAUAAAUAUCCCAGAAUUUUUAUAAAAUGUAUGAGUUUUAUUUAUGUUCAAAACUGAAAAUUCUGCCCAAAUCAUCUAUUUUUCUGAGUCUUUUUCUGAUUAGCACAUCUGAAAAAAUGUUUCUUUAAUGUAAAUCUAUUGAAGUCAAAAGCCAGUAAACAUACUGUCUUGUUUCCUGUAAGUAGCAAUGAAUCCAUUAAACAAAAUAUUAAAUUUC